AUGACGGGUGCACCAGACUCCUAUGUUUGGUACCCUGUGGCUUCUGGUUCGUAUUCGGCUAAAUCAGGCUAUGCAGCAGCCUCCGCCUUAAGCCUGCAAACACUGGAUCAGCCUGCUGCUUUAGUCCCUGUUAAUUGGAAGAAACACGUUUGGAAUGUAGAAUGCCCCCCAAAGUUAAAGCUACUAAUCUGGCAAGCACUACAUGAUGCCUUACCAACGGGAGUAAACCUGGAGAAAAGGGGAGUUGCAAACAACUCCACAUGCGUUCAUUGCGGAGCACCGGAGACAACCGAACAUCUCUUCCUGCACUGCCCCUUUGCCUCGCAAGCUUGGGACUUAGCCCCUCUGAAGAACCCCUUUGUAUCAACCAGCUAUGGAUCCUUCUACUCCGCCCUUGAAGCGUCGACACUUGAUAUCUGCCUUCCACCAACGGGAUGUAGAGUUAACAUCUUCUUUUGGAUCGUCUGGUCUCUUUGGAUAACACGAAAUCAGCUCCUGUUUGAAUCAAGACACAUCUCAGUACCAGAGACUGUUACCAAAGCCCUAGCGGGAGCAAGAGAAUGGUCGCUAGCUCAAUUGAAACCAGAUAAUCCAUCUGAGAGCCAAAAGGAGCGAUCUUUACCUCUGAUACCUUCGAUGCCCCAAGGGACAAUCAACUGCAACACGGAUGCUGCAUGGAACCCGACAUCACAGCAAGCAUGCCUUGGAUGGAUCUUCACGCCUCAGGAAUCGAUGCCUCUCCUGCCUUUCCAGGGAUCUCAAUUUCAGAUCCACGUUCAAUCGGCGCUUGCAGCGGAAGCUUUAGCGGUGCGAGCAGCACUAUCUCAUGCCAUUCAUCUUGGCAUAACAUCAAUCUGGAUUCGUUCAGACUCAUUGGAGCUCGUCAGAGCCAUCACUUCGGUUACAAAGCCAAAGAAUCUCCAUGGAAUUCUUCUGGACAUCGAAGCAUUAUCGUCCUCUCUUGUUUUCUGUUUUUUCUCUUUCACUCCAAAGGAGUCAAAUGGGCCUGCAGACUCUAUUGCAAAAGUCUCUCUAUGUAAUAUGAAUUCCACCUGGGCCUGGGCCUAG